ACCGUCUCACAUGUUGCGCUUGACAUCUUCCUCACUACGCAAUUCUAGGCUUUGUGUAUUGCCGCCUGGACCUAGACUGUUCAACAUGGCCGACAAAAUGUCUACGUACUCGCCGCUGUCGGCCAAAGUUACGUCCGUCGAACCGAUGCCACCAGGAGAAUCGAAAUGGAUCACCUUGAAAAAAAUCACCUACAAAGACCCUUCAGGCAAACAGAGGCUAUGGGAAUCUGCGGAACGACUGACGAGACCGAAGAAUAGCGAGGUUGAUGCCGUCGGUGUCGUGGCCGUUCUCAACGACCCAAAGUCUACGAAAGGACCAUCAUUACUCCUGCAAAAGCAAUUCCGACCUGCCGUCAACAAAGUCACGAUCGAAGUCCCCUCGGGCCUGAUCGAUGCGGGCGAAGAUCCCACCACAACUGCGGUUCGCGAGCUCAAAGAAGAGACGGGCUAUAUUGGAACAAUACCAGACGAUGCCAGGGCUGCUGAAGGUUUCUUGAUGUUCAAUGAUCCUGGAUUUUGCAAUACCAAUACCAAGAUGAUCGUUGUCGAGGUGGACAUGUCCGAUCCCAGAAACCAGCAGGAUAAUCUGAAGCCUGAGCUAGAAGAGAGCGAGUAUAUCGAAAUUCUCACCUUGCCACUGGACCAUCUGUGGAAUGAGCUGGGGGAGCUUGAGAGGCAGGGUUUUGCGAUUGAUGCUCGUGUUGGGACUCUGGCUCAAGGGAUGGAGAUGGCGAAGAAGUGGAAGGAUGUGCUGAACAGGUCUCCGUCGUAGGCCUGCGAAUAUCAACUAUCCAUGCUGUAGAAAUAAGACUGAUUGAGCCUGGGAUAUUCCUGUUACAUGUCAUGGUAGCAAUGCCGGACAAAUGUUAUCAAAC